CAGGGCGCGCGGACCGCGCUCUCGGCCCUCAGACUCUGCGCCUGAGCCUUGCGCUGGGCACUCGCUGGCCGCCCGCGCACCCGACACACCCGGGCGCAGCGGGAGCCCGUGCGGGGCGGGCGGCCGUCCAUGCGGCGGCGCUCGGGAAGCACGCGGGGCUGAGAAGUCGGCCACUCUGGACUAGCCCAGGAGUUGAACACCACUUGAACCUGUAGAAAACUGGGGACACCUUUGAGGAACCCUUGCCUUAUCGUGGACCUGCAGCACCAUGGUUUCCCAUCUUACAAGCUGUCUCAGUGCCCUGGGCGCCCUCCUGCUGCUUGGUUCUCAGCUUGUCUGCCCACAGCCCUCCACUGAACACAGAAAGGUCCCACAACGGAUGGCAGUGGCCGAGGGAACCCCAGAGGAUAGUGGUGGUGGCUCCCCAGGUGUGUGGGGCUCCUGGGGCCCCUGGUCUGCCUGUUCGCGCAGCUGCAGCGGUGGUGUGAUGGAGCAGACACGGCCCUGCCUGCCCAGCUCCUACCGCGCUCCAGGAGGCUCCCGGCCCAGUGGCCCUACACUGUCCAUCACUGGCCACGUCGUGUCAGCUGUACGGACCUCAGUACCACUGCAUCGAAGCCACGAGGAGCAACGUACCCUGGCUGGCUCCAGUGCCAGCCGCCAAGGCCCCACGGUGGUGCGAGGCAGCCGACACCCUCAGGCCCGGAGCCGUGAACCUUCAGAGAGAAGGAGCAGGACCCGAGGUCCCAUUGGCCCUGGCAAGUAUGGCUAUGGGAAGGCUCCCUACAUCUUACCACUGCAGACGGAUACCACACAUACUCCACAGAGGCUUCGGAGACAAAGGCCUUCAUCCAGACCCUCCAGGUCCCAGGAGGCAUCUGCUUCUAAGCAGGGCUACAGGCCACCAACCCACCACUUCUCUCACAACAGACCUCUCUACCAGAGUGACAGUGGCCCUCGUUCUGGACUGCCACCUUCUGAGGCCUCUAUUUACCAGCUGCCCUUGACUCACGAUCAAAACUAUCCUGCAGCUUCAAGUCUCUUCCACAGCCCGGAAUUGAGCAGCAACAAUGGUGCUAGGCCCCACGGGACAUCUCAGGCCUUCUCCCAGCAUCUGCGAUCAACAGCAAUCUCCUGCAUCGGGGCCUAUCGGCAGUACAAACUGUGCAACACCAAUGUGAGUACCCAGCACCUCAGACUGGGUUUGGAGGCAGCCGUUUUUCUUAAUUUCUGGUCAGUUGGUACCCACUACCUGGAAGAUUGA